GGCAUCAACAACAUCAUCCUAUUUACUCGCGCAGCCCAUAUAACGCACCAGAAAGUGACCCCAAAGUGGCGGUAUGUGAUAUCACAUAGAAUAUGAUGUGGAGUGAAUGACUCAAAGCCAUGGCUAACAUAGCAGUGAUUGGGGCUGGAGUUGUCGGACUGUCCACCGCUGUUAACAUCAUAGAGAGCGUCCCAGACGCUAGGGUCACUAUCUAUGCUGACCGAUGGUCACCGGACACCACCAGUGAUGGAGCAGCUGGGUGCUUUGUGCCCAAAUUUGAGGGUCCUAUGUACCCCAUGGGCAUAGAUUUAGAACGUUUUAAAAUAUGGGCCAGGGAUUCAUUUAGGCACUACGACACCUUGGCUCAUUCAGCGGACUCGUCAGAAGCUGGCGUCUUUGUCUUGUCCGGAUAUGAACUUUACAGCAAACUUGAGAACGUAUCACCCUACAAUGGCACAGAACUGAUGUAUAACUACAGAGAACUCACCAAAGAAGAGAUGAAAAGGUUCCCUCCCAAGUACAAAGUUGGAUAUUUUGUCACCACGCUUAUAGCGGAGUGUCAACGCUACCUUCCGUGGCUUCUGAAACGUUUUAAGAGCAAAGGUGGUCACGUGGUACAACAUAGGGUAAAAACGUUGCAACAGUUCUGUGGUCAGUACAACCUGGUGGUCAACUGCACUGGUAUUGGGGCCAGAGAGCUGCUGGGGGACACCGUCCUGAAACCAAUGAGAGGACAGGUCAUGCGCGUGAAGGCCCCGUGGAUUAGGCAUUUCACCUAUACUGACAGCAAUUGUUAUAUUUACCCUGGACGAGAUGCUGUUGUCUUGGGAGGAGUGAGACAAUAUGAUGAAAACAGCUUGGAGGUCAAUGAGAAAGACAAAGCUUCGAUAUUGAAAAACUGCCUGGAGAUGGUCCCCUCCUUAAAGGACGCAGAGUUCAAGUAUGACUGGGUUGGUCUUAGGCCGUCGAGGAAACCAGUUCGUGUAGAAUUUGAGGAAAUGAAAUUCGGAGACGAUAUCUUAAAAGUCGUCCAUAACUACGGGCACGGCGCCAUUGGGAUUAGUCUUAGUUGGGGUACUGCUGUGGAGGCGACACACCUGGUGAUGAAGGCAUUAGGGAAAUUUUCUACAAGCAAGCUGUAACAUUUCACUUCGUGCAUUAGAAAACCAAGCAAACUUAGCAGUCUAAUCACUAUUUUCUGGAUUAUACUUGUAGACCUGUACCGUGGUGAAAGUCCUCAAACCAAUUCCCUGCAAUUAAACUACAUGUAUAGCGGCGUUCCGCACGCCUUAGGGCGACACCUAUGGAUUUUCCAAAGAACUUCUGCAGGAUAAAUUCAAGAUCUUACUGAAUAAGCAAACUUAAUUCUCGGACUUGGUUGAAUGCACAUGCAUUAAUACAUAGACUAGCUGACCUUAUUUGUAAGAAGGGAGUAUUUGAAAACAAAGACUAUUAGCAUUAUUUGAAAAAACUCGCCUAUACACUUUGUAAACUGUAAUAAACAGUAGGCCGUAUCCACGAUCGUUUUCAUUAUAACUGAGUGAUGUCGUCGCAACUACCGUGUACUAUUGGGUACAUCUACAUAUUGAGAAGUGACUGCGUACAAUACAUAGACAUCUAUCAGCAUUAUGUUUUUAAUUUUGUUAGCAGCAGGACAUACAUUGGCUUAUAAAAGACAUCUUUGUGGAUAAUCUUGCCUGUGCUUAUCGAUGGUAACAAGAGAAUGAAAAUAAA